UCAUUGGACGCGUGCCCACGGAUCCAAAUAUUUUGGCGCGAAUGGGUUCUCUUUAUGCCCGUGAAGGAGACGACAGUCAAGCCUUUCAUUAUUAUCUAGAGGCAUACCGUUAUUAUCAGGUAAACAUGGAUGUCAUUUCUUGGCUGGGUGCCUAUUUUGUGAAGAAUGAGAUUUACGACAAGGCCAUUCAGUUUUUUGAACGUGCCUCACAAAUUCAACCCCUUGAAGUAAAGUGGCAGUUGAUGGUGGCAUCAUGUCACAGACGCCGUGGGGAUUAUAUACAAGCCAAACGUCUAUAUGAGGCUGUGUACCGCAAAUACCCGGAAAAUAUGGAAUGCCUGCGCUACUUAGUCCAUUUGUGUAAAGAUGCCGGUCUUAUCGAAGAGGCGAAUGAAUGGUUUAAAAAGAUCAAGAAGCUGGAACAGCGCCAACAGGAGGAGACAGAUGAAGGGGGUUAUCGGGAUGAGGAUGAGGAAGCCAAGGGCGGGACUCACGCAGCAGCUGGUCGACGCGCCGUUAGUGCUUUAACCAAUAGAGUGGGUGAUAUGAUGAGGGAGGAUGAGUUGGACGAACCACGCAUUUCCCUGUCUGAGGAAAAGCAAACUCACGAGGACGAUGACGAAAUUGAUCUGCCAGGAAUUUGA